UCUCCUUCACCUCCAUUCCCUUCCCUCUUCUUCACCCCAAAACGCAUUGCUUUCCUUCCUCCUUUCCUUUCGCUUCCAUUGCUUCCAUCGCGCUCGCUUGCGUUGCGUGCAUCCCUUCCUCACCAUUAGCGCGCGCUCUCCCCAGCAAUGCCGCCUUGGAGGCACCGCGCCUGCGGCCUCCGGCGGUGCUAGAUCCGACGGACAGGGAGCUCAACCGGCGGCGGCGGAGAGGGAGGAGAGAAACAAGAAACAGGCGUGGCCGGGACAGGCGGGCGCGGCCAAUGCACGAGCACACCCGCGCCAGGGCGUGGGAGGCGACGGUGCGCAAGGCGGUGCAGCAGCAUCCGGCGCAGCCUGGAGGGAGGCGCCGGGUGUCGCCGAUGUCGGCCGCGGACGACUCCGAGACGGCGUCCUCCUCGGCGUCCUCGUCGUCCACGGGCGGCGACGACGGCGACGGGUACGUGGAGCGCGGCCUCCCCAACGGCGACUUCUACACGGGGCAGUGGCGCGGCGGCGCGCCGCACGGCGCCGGGAAGUACCUGUGGACGGACGGGUGCAUGUACGAGGGGGAGUGGCGACAUGGGAAGGCGACGGGGAGGGGCAAGUUCUCGUGGCCGUCGGGCGCCACCUACGAGGGGGAGUUCAGGGACGGGUUCAUGGACGGCGCCGGGACGUACACCGGCGCGGCCGGGGACACGUACAGGGGGUCCUGGUCCAUGAACCUCAAGCACGGCCACGGCAAGAAGAGCUACGCCAACGGCGACCAGUACGACGGCGAGUGGCGCUCCGGGCUGCAGGACGGCGCCGGCCGAUACAUGUGGCGCAAUGGCACCGAGUACACGGGGCAGUGGCGCGCCGGCCUCAUCCACGGCCGGGGCGCGCUCGUCUGGUCCAACGGCAACCGCUACGACGGCGGGUGGGAGGACGGCUGCCCGCGCGGCCAGGGCACCUUCCGCUGGGCCGACGGCAGCGUCUACGUCGGCUACUGGACGCGCGACACCCCCACCGGCAUUGUCCAGCAGAAGGGCGUCUACUACCCGUCCCCGGCGGCGUCCUCCCCGACGGCGCGCGAUCCCCGCGACGUGUUCGCCAGGGACUUGCCGGGCUUCAUGGGCGGCGGCGGCGGCGGCGGCUCCGAGUCAGCGUCUCUGCACAAGUCGCUGAACUACUCCGGCAACAGAGCGGCGGCGGCCAAUGCGCGUUCGAGCUCCGCCUCGGGGCUGAGCAACAGCUCCGGCGGCGACAGGAAGUACGACAAGAUUUGCAUUUGGGAAUCCGACGGGGACAUCACUUGCGACAUUGUGGACGGCGCCGCCUUGGCGGACGAGGCGAUGGCCCCCAGGAGGAGCGUCAGGGCGGCAGGCGGCGGGGAGGGGCUGGGCCUCGCGCCGCCGUCGCCGGCGCCGCACAUCGCCAAGUGGGUGCCGCCUCGGGAGGCGAAGCGGCAGGGGGAGACCAUCGCCAAGGGUCACAAGAAUUACGAGCUCAUGCUCAACUUGCAGCUCGGGAUCAGGCAUGCAGUUGGGAAGCAAGGCCCGGUUACGCUUGAUCUGAAAUCCUCGGCUUUUGACCCAAAGGAAAAGGUGUGGACAAAGUUCCCCCCAGAAGGCUCAAAAUACACCCCUCCGCACAAUUCUUGUGAGUUCAAGUGGAAGGAUUACUGCCCGCAGGUGUUCCGGACACUGCGCAAGUUGUUCAAGGUGGAUGCUGCCGAUUAUAUGCUGUCCCUUUGUGGGAGUGAGGCUCUCCGGGAGCUCUCUUCGCCUGGUAAAAGUGGAAGCUUCUUUUACCUUACAAAUGAUGAUCGGUACAUGAUAAAGACAAUGAAGAAAUCGGAAGUAAAGAUGCUUCUCAAGAUGCUUCCAGCUUACUACAAUCAUGUCCGUGCAUUUGAGAAUACCCUGGUUACCAAAUUUUUUGGUCUGCAUUGUGUUAAGUUAGCUGGGGCCAAUCAGAAGAAGGUUCGUUUUGUCAUCAUGGGAAAUCUGUUCUGCUCUGAUCAUUCUAUCCAUAGGCGUUUUGAUCUAAAAGGCUCAUCUCUUGGCCGCACAACUGACAAGCCACAAACUGAGAUUGAUCAGUAUACAACUUUGAAGGAUCUUGAUCUGAAUUUCAUAUUUAGAUUAAAGAAGCAAUGGUUCCAAGAAUUUCAAAGGCAAGUGGAUAGGGAUUGUGAUUUCCUUGAGCAGGAGAAGAUCAUGGAUUACAGUCUAUUGGUGGGUGUACAUUUUAGACACAAUAGAGAGAAGCUUUUGAGUGAAGGUUCUGCUGACUAUGAUAUCAACAAAUUAUCUACUCGUCUUUCAAGAGGAAAUGGGGAUCAGCUUCUCGCUGAUCCAAACGGGUGGCCCAAAAUCAAGCUUGGGGCGAACAUGCCUGCAAGAGCUGAACUGACUGCUCGGAAGAAUGAUUUGGAAUCCCAGCUUAUUGGGGAGCCAACUGGGGAGUAUUAUGAUGUUAUAUUGUAUUUUGGGAUAAUAGACAUACUUCAAGAUUAUGACAUCAGCAAGAAGCUCGAGCAUGCAUACAAAUCUUUCCAGCAUGACCCAACCUCAAUAUCAGCAGUGGACCCAAGGCAGUACUCUAGACGUUUUAAAGAUUUCAUAUACAAAGCAUUUCAAGAAGACAGGCUAGAUAGCUGAAAACGCGUUGAAGCUCGAGAACGAGAAAUCUCUGCCUCCAGGUGUAGAUGAACUUUGAACUGUCCGAAAAAGAAAGAUCAGGCUGUGAAACUAUGCUAAAUGCAGUUGGGGCACUCUACCUGUGGGCUGUCGUUUGUAUCUACGAGAAUGGACGGCAGCUUCAGUGUCAGUGGAAGCCAUCUUGGUGGUAGAGUUGCUUGAACCCCUCAUGGUCUUCCAGAGGUCAUCUGGCUCUCACGUAAAUAUAAAUAGCUUUAUUUAUACACACAUAUAUAGAGCUCACUAAUAUUUUGUAGGGUAGAUGUUAACUCAAUGAUUCAACUUACAGAUAGAAAAUUUGUAGCCAUGCACAAAAGUGCGCAAGCCAGUCCGGAGCUGUAAAUGUUUUUUUUUAACCUGAGGGUAGCAUGUAUCAGGUACUAUUCUUUGUAACUGUCUUGGUUAAUACCCAUAGGAAAUCCUUGGAU